GUGGUUCUUCGCUAUAAGGUGAACUUCCACAAUUGUGCAGAUGAAAGUGAAGCAUCAUGGACCUGCACUGGGAAUUGUGGGAAUCAGAGCAUAAUCAAACAUGAGGUAGAGAGGGAGGACAGUGGAGCCCAGUCGGGCAAUGGAGAGUGGUGUCAGACAGAGGGAAUCAUCUCUCAACAGGUUCCCAGCAACACUCCACUUGAGCUGGAAUUAAAUGGUGCUGCCUGGAUAGCUAACAUUAAUGGCAUCGGAAAUUGGAGUGCUGUGACUCUGGUGGAGCUGAGGAACCGGUCGGACACCGGCAAAGCCAACACAUCACCCCAGACCACCAUACUGCCCGCUGUGAGAGUUCCUUCAAACUGUCAGAGAGCUUACAACCUGCUGGCGUUUGACCCUGACGGAGAUGAGGUUAAAUGCAGAUAUGGAAACGCAUCGCUGUCAGAGUGUGACAUCUGCACGCCACCGUCUGUUCUCAACCUCUCAUCAUCUUGUACUCUGUCAUUCAGCCCCACCAGUACUAGUAAUGAAGGUGCGUACGUUGUACAGCUGGUGAUGGAGGACUUUCCCAGGCAGGAUAUCAUCCUGACUCAGACCAACGGUUCGCAGGUGGCGAGAACUACAAACGACUCUAUCAGCAAAAUACCUGUCCAAUUUGCUUUAAGGGUGGACGCUGUGGUGCCAUCUUGCACUGAGGGAAUCUAUCUGCCCAAGUUUCUGCCUCCAACUCCUGCCAACAGAGCUCAGCUGUACACUCCUGCCAAUCAGACCCUGGAAAUCAGCAUCAAGGCAGAGGCAAAUGUCUCCAUAAUUACUGAGCUGCUGUUCAGCGGGCCGUACAACACAAACCAGAUUAAUUCAGGAGUAGGACAGUACAUCCUGAGAUGGACGCCGUCUGAAAACGAAGAUGGAGAAAGCCACCCCAUCUGCUUUGUCAUCCAGGCAGUUUUCAAUUCAACCAAGUAUCACUCGGAGCUACGAUGUGUGAUUGUGAGUGUUGGAAACGCCCCAACAACAGCUACAACCAUUGAUCCAACAACAACACGGAUAACUACAACAACCACCAUUCCCUCUAUAACUACCCCACUACCUCCAACCACUAUUUCAUCCACAACAACUACCCCACUAACUACUACACCAACUACCACCGCACAAACCACCAUUAUUUUAGUCCCAGAUACUACCCCACUAAUUACUACACCAACUACGACCACACAAACCACCAUUACCUCUACAACUACACCACUACCUACAACACCUACUCCAUCCACAACUACUACCCCACUAAGUACAACACCUGUAACCGAAGACCCAAACCAAAUUGUUGCAGCUGUGAAAGUAAGGAUUUCCACUACGAUUACCCUGUCUGAGGACGACUUCAGGGAUAUUUUCAUACCACAGAUUAAAGCUGAACUGGUGAGACGAGGGCUGCCAUCAGACAUCACUCUACGUCUUGUGAGUUAUGUGCAACUGUAACGUGCAACCACAGCGCCCUCCGUUGUUUCAACGUGAUCAUUUAUUGACCCCCGGAAGGAACAUUUAUUUUCACCCAAAGUUAAAACUGCAAGCUCAGCUGCUUUAAUGUGACCAUAGUUAUAGUUAUUCCAAGUUUGGUGUUUGCUUGUUUUUAUCACGUUACUGUAUAAAUGUAAAAACAAGUUACCGGUAAUUUUUUAAUGU